AUGUCUGAAGCAUCCGGGCCACCAACUGCCACGGGGACACAGGAGCAGCAGCAGAACCCCCACCGCAUGCAACCACAAGUGGCCAUAAGCGCCAGCGGCGCAAGUACUACAAGUAACAGCUCGUCCCGUCGCGCAGCAGCCUCAUCCGCCACCUCGUCCGCUCCCUCGGCCAGCCGCGCCACCCCUGCGACGACCCCGAGCAGCGCCCGUACCACUACCCUGGCGCAUCAUCCUCAUCACCCUCCCUUGCCGCCGCACGCCGUCGGUCUACCCCCGCCCCCGUCGCCGCUCCUCGAGACGCUGCCGUCGGCGGAGACGCAACGGCACAUUGCCGAGGCGCGCGCGGCCGUCGUCGCGUCCAUGGGCAACAUGCUCGACACGGCGCUGCAGGGCCGCGCCGCCAUGCUGCACGAAAACGCCGGCGCGCUCGACCGGCAGGAGCGCGACGUGCUGGCCGCGACGGACGCGCUGCGCCGGGAGCGCGAGAAGCUGGCGCGCGAGGCCGACGUCGCCGCGCGCCGCCUCAAGGAGGUCGGCAACGUGCAGAACUGGGCCGAGGUCCUGGAGCGCGGGUUCUUGGUGCUCGAGGAGACGGUGCGGCGGGUGAAUACUCGGAGGGACAGUGGCGGCGACGGGUCCGGGUCGUCGUCGGGGUCUGGUUCGGGCAGUGAGUGCAGCUGCAGCGACUGCGGGCGCACGCUGGGCGGAGAGGUCGCGGGCGAGGAAAUGGACGUGGAUGGCGAUGGCGAUGGAGAGGAGAACCGGGUGGAGGGUAAAGGCAAAGGGAAGGAGGUGGUCACGAUCGGCCUGGAAGCCAUGUCGGAGACAAGUCGAAGCUUGUUUGACGGAGAGUCGAGCACGACAAACGACACGGGCAGGGCCAAAUCCUCAGAGACGGCGUCGUUAUCGACAACGUGCUGA